GGAGGCGUGGCCUUCCAGAGAGGUGGCGGGAUGGAUGUCUGUGCCUCGCAGUUCGAGGACAAGCUGCCCGAGUUGCAGGAGCUCCUCUCGGGCUGUGAUUUUGUCGGCCUUGACAUGGAAUUCACAGGUUUACGUUCAGUGCUACCAGAGAAACAGCCCAGUCUCUUUGAUUCACCUGCCGAGUGGUAUCGGAAAGUCCGACAGAGUAUUCAGCAGUUUACAGUGAGUCAGCUUGGUUUGUCAAUAUUUUGCCGUGAAACAUCAACUAAGUAUGUGGCCCAUUCAUAUAACUUUUUCCUCUUCCCUACAACAUUUGGCCAAAUGGAUUCUGAGUUGUCUUUCCAAGGAUCAAGUAUCCAGUUUCUGUCUCACUAUGGUUUUGACUUUAAUAAGUUUCUUAAAGAUGGAAUUCCAUACAUGAAUGAAACACAGGAGAAAAAAAUGGAGCAUCUUGUACCUGGUAGCUGGAUGGUCCGUAGUGGUUUUGGCAAAGAUAAGCUGAAGAAGGUAAUUGAAGAAGUUACUUGCUGGGUGUCUUCAGCAGAAGAUAAAGAUUCUAUGAUUCUGCACAAUCUGUAUGGCUUCCAGAUGUUUGAAGUGCAGCUGAUUUUAAGACAAGCUAUUAAAGAUAUUUGGACUAUCCCUUUAGGAGAUCAUAAAGUGCUGGUGAAAAAGAUGAAUCCGCGCCAGCGUUGGCUGCUGGAGAACACUUCCUAUGACUCUUGUCAAAAAGAGAAAAUUAUUCUCUGUGCAAAGGGCUUUGCCAAUCUUUUCCAGGCACUUGUUAAAGUCAAAAAGCCGCUGGUGGGACACAAUAUGAUGAUGGAUCUUUUGCACCUGCAUGAUAAAUUUUACAACCCGCUUCCUGAGAACUAUGAAGAGUUUAAAAAGAACAUACACACUCUGUUUCCCAUCAUCUUGGAUACAAAAAACAUUGCAAAGUCCAUUUGGAAGGAAUUUCCAUUUCCUCAAGCUUCUACCCUUGCAGAAGUUUAUGAAGGGCUUUGCAGUGCUAUAAAUACAACAAACCAGUCUUGUCCAGAAAUCUUUCACUCGGGGGAUUGCCUCAGAUAUGCCACAAAGACGUGUCUCCAUGAAGCAGCGUAUGAUGCAUUCCUCUGCGGAUCAGUUCUUCUUAAAAUUGCCCAUUUGCUUCUUUGCAGCAUGUCUUGUGAUCACACAAGGGCUGCCUCCUCUUUUUCCCAGUACCUCAACGUUUUGUCUUCACAUGUGAAUCAGGUGAACCUUAUGCGAUCUAGGAUUCAGAAAAUUAAUUUUUCUGGCCUGGAUGACCAUAUGAAACACUUCCCGCUUCUGAUAGCUAACGUACAAAAAUGGCCUGGAGUGAAUGAAGAGCAAAUCCAUCGGGAAUUAAGAAUCUUCUGCAGGUUUGAUGUGCGACGCCUAAGAAUGAACCAGUUUCUCUUGCUGUCCAAUAGACUUAAAAACAUCAGGAUGGUGCUGGAAGAAUAUAAAACCCAUCCCAACCUACAGAUUUCCCUGUAUUACUACUGGAGGCAUGCCCCGGAAGUGAACUGUUUCCUCCAAAUUUGUGGCAUUGUGGCCUCUUGGUCUCUGCUAACCUUCUUCCUUGGAGGCUCCUCCAGUUGUGCUGUGUGACAGAUCAUCUGUUGGAAACAUACUUUCUUUAUGCAGCUUCACCUUUCCCUCCCACCCACCUCAUAAGUCAUAUGCGGAAUAAAAUAAUUUGCAUUUU